GGCCGUGAAUGGUAUUGCUAGCAGGGUCAUUUCAGACUUUGCACAUAUUUUGCUGUGGCAUCAGGCCUGGCCUGGCAGGUUUCAUGCUGUCAGACCAACCAAACGAUGCUCAAACCUCCUCUAGUAAUCAUCUCCACGGCUGAUGACCUCCUUUACGGUAGGUCGGAUCAAGAUGGUCUGUCACUCGUUAGUUUCCGCAGUCUCUCGCGCAAGGGAAAGAAAUACUCACAUGCUCAAACUGUGCUGUGUAUGAGCCCUUCUUGUCCACCAGAGGAGGAUAAGACUCCACAACCCCGUUGGCAACGAGGCUGUUCAAGCCAAGCAGGUACUUGUCCUGGCCAAGGCGGUCCAGGUAACGUCUGCAGAAUGGCAGGGUGCCAAAGUUCUUGUUGAUGACGUUCAACAGAGACUUAGCUGAGCUGAGACGGAGGUCCACCUUGGGCGCAUCCAUUCUCUUUGCGUAGUGAGAGACCUCACCUUCCUCGUGCACGUAGCCGUUGCCAGUGCUACCGAAGGUCUCGAUGGCGAAGACAUCACCCUCCUCCAUCUUGGUCUGGUCGUUGCUCUUCACAAUGGGCACGCUCUUGCCUCCGUGAAUGUUGUAUGGGAGGAUUGUGUGUCCGUUGAGGUUGCGGAUCGGCUUGACCUGGUACGUGUUGCCGUCCAGCUCAACCUCGUAACUCUCCAUGACUUCCUGGAUGUACCCACCAAUCUCGCCAAGUCUGGCAUCAAUACCAGCCUGCUUGAGACCUUCGUUGGUGGCCGCCUUGCAAGCCUCGAGAAGAGGGUCAUAACGGGGGUUGAAAGCCAAGGUGAAGGCACUGUCGACAAUGUUGCCGUUGACGUGCACGCCGAUAUCGACCUUCAAGACAUCAUCCUGCUGGAGAACCAUUUUGUUUCCAGCGUUGGGGUUGUAGUGGGCAGCGCAGUGGUUGAGACUGAGGCCAGUAGGGAAACCCAUACCUGCCUUCAAAGCAUCACCCUCCUCAAGACCCUGGUGACCAACAAGAGCACGGACGCUGUCUUCAAUGCCGUUGGCAAUGUCAGUCAGCGACCAGCCAGGCUUGAUGUUCUUUUGUGCCCACUGGCGAGUCUGGCGGUGGGCCUCAGCAGCAUGACGGUAGUCAUUGUAAAAGUCAUUCUUGAGGUUGUCGAGGUGGCGCUUCUCCUCGUUGGUGGUGCGAUAUCUGUUCUCGUUCACAUAUUCCACCUCCUCGCCCUUGGGGUACACCUUGUCGGGAAAGAGCUGCGAGAUCAGAACCCGCGGGGGGUCGGACUGGGCCGUGGGGUUCUUCUUCUUCUUCUUCGGCUUUCUCUUCUUCUUCUUCUUGACGGCCCCCGUCUCAGCGCCCGGGGCAGCAUUUUCCGCAUCAUCGUCGGAAUCAUCGCUGUCACGGUUCAGGUUGCCAUUGGUGGCGGUAGCCGAAUCAAGACCUGGCUUGGGCUUUGUGGUAGCCGCAUCGCUCACUUUUUUCUCCCUCAUCCUAUCAGUUGCUGCCACGCUUUGACAGUCUCCCGGUGGAGGUUGAGCUUACCGCUGAGCUGCGCGAUCUCAUCUACCGGCGCUUGAGCCGCCAUUGUGAGAUUCAAAUAUGUGAUUUUUAUGGUUUCAACUAUGUGAAAUAGUUCAGAGAGUUGAAGGAAGCCAAAAGCCUGAUCCAAAAGUGAUGGGCAAGUCAGAAAGCCCCGCUUCUUUUUUCCGUUGUUCUUGGCAGGGCGUGCAGCUUGGUACCAAUCGCGGGGCAAGUGCGGCGUUUGCUGGGCAAGAGCCACAAAUUUGCAGGUUUGACAGCCGUGACAAGCCACAAUUGGACCUCAGUCUCCGUUCUCUCGCGCAUCCAUUUCGUCACUGGUGCCAAUUCAAGGUGGAGCGUUUUCCCAACGUCUCGACUUACACGAGGCCGACAACAUCACCAAACCUCGACAUAACAGCCCCUUCAACAAUCGGGAUGAGGAAUGCCAUUCCGUUACUACCAUCCUCCGCGCAGCGCGAUCCCGCGCCAUAUCGCCAACCCUCCUCACCAUGUUCUUGUCAACAACCCCCAACCAUGCCGACCCUUUCACUCCUCCCGCCAUGAUCGCGCCCCUGCCGGCAGCAGCAACCCAGACGACUCAACCCACGACCAUUACGAGACCCUAAACGUCCACCCCUCCGCCUCCCCAGCCGAGAUCAAAAAAAGCUACUUCCACCUCUCCAAACUCCACCACCCCGACCACAACCCCUCCGACCCCUCCUCCUCCCACCGUUUCAUGCGCAUCUCGGAAGCCUACACCAUCCUCUCCCAUCCGGCAAACCGCGCCAGAUACGACCGCUCCCGCGCCACAAACCCCCGCUACGCCCACCAGCACCACCCCCACGCCCCAAAGUCGGGAUCCUACCACUCCAGCAACCCAGCUGGCGGCCGCCCCCCCUCAGGUCUAUCCUCCCGUCGGAAAACCACCUUCCAAGGGCCCCCCCCUUCAUUCUACAAGUCAGGGGGGUGGGGCGCUCACGCCUCAAAACGACGCGCUGCUCACGAGAGCUCAACAGCCCAGCAGGGCUCGCCAGAGGGGAAAACACAUGCCAGACAAGACACCAGUGCAAAAGACCACCAAGGAUGGGAGAACACCACCGGCCCUGAAUCCAGCCCCGGGAUGGGCUUCGGCCAGGAUCCCUAUUAUAAAUACGGCUUUGGGGGGUUCGGGUACGGGACCAACACCGGAUCGAACCCGUUUUUUGACCCGCAUUCUCAUCAGCGGACGCACAGGCGGCAUGAGGAACGGCGGGCAAAGAGGGCCAUGAAGCGGAGGGGGUUGAGCUUGGACGCGGAUGACAGCAUGAUUGGGACUUUUUUUGUCUUGAGCGGGUGCGUGGCUGCUAGUGUUGUGGGCGCGAUGCUGAUAGGGGGGUUUGGAGGUGGGCUUGGAAGGUAGAGCCUGAAAAAGAGAGUGAAUCAAGAGUGUAAGAUAGAAAGAAAGGGGGGUGUGUUGGGGGGUUGGUAAUGAUGUAAACAACGCCCCCCUGAUUCAUGGCCAAGUCAUUUAUUUACUUGCUGUUUUUGUCAUAUAUACAUUACAUGAGAUUACAUAUGAUACUUAACAAUGAGAACAAAAGCCAACAAUGGUCCUUUGAAAACCUCAGUGAAGCAUAAUCCCAGGCUAGUUGCCGUGAGAUAUGUCA